GAAACUGAAUGUGCUGCACCAGGCCGACUCAUGUUUCAGUCGCUACGAUAUUUGAAGUAUCGCGAUACAUACCGCCAACAUCAAAAGAAGACAAACGGAGCACAUGGUAGGAAGCUCGUGGGUUCGAAUCCCUCAGAGAUUCAUGAGGAAUGCUCUCCUGACGAUCCUCAAGAAGGACGAAACAUCUGGGCAAAGCAUAUCCCGAACACCAACCUAGGAGCCAGAUGGCCCAAGUGGUUAGAGCGCGAAUUUACUGACCGGAAGGUUCGUGGUUCGAACCCGACCUCGGCCUCUCGACUUUCCCUGUCUAGGCUUGGGCAACCUGGCAGUAUCCCAGCCCUUGUGCAACCUUCGGGUGGCAUGGCAGUUAGGCUCCGUAAAGAUGCUACAACUAACCGUUUCAAUGAAAAUGAGUUAACUCAACCGGUAUCUGGCCCUGGAUACGCACAGAUGACAUUAUUAAAGUUUAUACAGUUGAGAAAUAAGAUGAAACGGUUCACCACAAUACAAUCUGCUUUAGUUACUCAGAAUCACCAAUGUCUUCGUGAGUUUGUCUAG